UUGUCACACUACUUGGACACGGAAGAGCUCAGAACGCCGGACCGAAGGAAUAUUACACUACCUACCGAAUAGAAGGAGGCUGUUGUCGGCCUGAAUUCAAGUGCUAUGACAAAGACCUACCGGCUAAUUAAAGGCCUAUCAGCUUGACAAACGUGGUCGUUACAUGAAAAAUUAGUACGAAAUACAGUGGAGAACCAUUUGAAUAGAUUUAUUCUGCUUAGCUUCGUGUGACGUGGUUUUCACAAAAGAUUUGUGUGUCAAACAUACUUACUGCUAGCCCGUGAGAGCCGGGCUGAAGCCGUAAACAGUAGACAUGCGUUGAACGUGGUGUUCAUUACUUCGGCAAGUCCUUUGACACUGUUCCUUAUUCGAUACUCUCACUGAACUUGAGAUCUUACGAAAUAUCUGGUCGCGCUCUCCAGUGGGUGUCAGCUUUACUGGAUGGACGAAAAGUGUAUUGGCUGUAGUGGGCUACUUUUCCGAAUUUGCGUUAUCAUCAUUUCACGAACAGUUUGACUGGAUCCAUCAAGAAGUCGGUGCACCCCUAUCAAUUCCUGGAUCGACGACCCACGCAAGAAGGAACACUUACGGGAUUCAUCCUAUCGUUCCAGUUCCACUUAUCGGGUUUCACCAUCUGAGAUUUUCUUCCCUAAAAUCUUUGUUUGAGAACGGUAAUGGAAUAACGCUGCACAAAAAAUUUGGCUUCUGUCAGUUUUCUCGUGAUCCCAGAGGGCUUGGAAGUGCCAAAUUACCGGACUAUUUUGUCACGGCCUGUCUAUCGUGUUUCAUCGUUCGAGCUCUUCUUCGACGGAUUCCUUGUUUGAAAACUAUUUCGGUAACACUGCACAAAUCUUCGGCUUUUGACAGUUUUCCGUGCUUCAAAAGGACUCCGAAGUCCUAACAUACUCGCAAUCACUUGUGGGUGUCUACAUUGUCACGACGCGACCUCCGCGGAGUCUCCGUACGCCUUGCGGCUUGCUACUCCCCGCUUACGCUGAAUACUUUUUCAUCUGUACGAAAACGCUUGUGUGGAAACUGUCCUACUUGAAAAAGUGCAUCAUAUUGGGUGCCCCCUUAAAAUGCAUGAAAAACGCGUGCACACCUCAGAUCGUAAACGACACCGUCACAGGUCACGGGAGCACGCACGCUCCCCCUUUGACGACGACGAAGCAGCAUCUCAUCCAAAGGAUAAAAGAUCAUCUCGCAAACGUAAUCAUCUUGACGACACACGUGAUCUCCCAAGCGCGCGUCAUGAGGACGUCAAUGAGGGCGGAGGUACCGGAGGCGAAAUCUCAUUGUCCAUUAAAGAGUCAAACGCUUUACGAGCCAAACUGGGGCUUCCUCUCUUGGAGCUUGAUCAGCCACGUGCGGAUGAUGGCGACCGUGUCAUAGACAAUCAAUCAGAGCGAUAUGUUCACUGUCCAGCAAAAGAUUUAAAAAGAAUCCGCGAAACCGAGUCUUUAAAGGAGAAAAUCGAAACUCACAAAGAAAAACGCUCGCUAUAUGAUAAGCUAGCCGCUGCCCGCUUAUAUGAGCCCGCCGAAAAAGAAACUCCUGCCAGUUCAUGGGUUGAAAAAAUUCGCGAGAAAGAACGUAUUAAGAAACAAGCACAGGAGCGAGCCAAGCUAAUUAGCGAAAUGGAUGAACAGUUGGAAGUAGAAGUACCCACCGAAGAUAUCUCAACGAGGGAGACCUACAGUUCUCGUGACCUCUCUGGUCUACGCGUUGAGCAUAAAAUUGACCAUUUUGACGAAGGUCGAUCGGUUAUCCUAACCCUCAAGGAUAAAGGUGUGUUGGAAGAUGGUGACGACAACGAUGUGCUAGUCAACGUCAACAUGGUGGACGAUGAAAAGGCGGAGAAAAAUCGCGAAAAUCUUCGGAAAACCGCUGGCUUGGCUGGUAUUGAGGACGAAGAGAGUGAGGAGGUGCUGUUGGGCUUGCGAAAAAAGGGUGUUUUGAGCAAGUACGAUGCUGAGAUCCAGGGUAUGCAAAAAACGCAAUUCACUAUCGGAUCAGAGGGUUCCUACAUGCCCGAAUCGGAGAGGCUGUUGGCACAGUUGAAAGAGGAGCUUCGUGCUGGGAAGCACUCACUUCCGGAUACGGAGCUUCGUGUGGCCUCGGAAUACUACUCGCCUGAAGAAUUAAAGGCAAAGUUUAAAAAGCGUACUCGUCGGGUGAAAAGGUGCACUCGAAUAGUACUCACAGCCGACGACCUCAUGGACAACGAGUCUCUCACCACCGUACCACAGGCAGCAAGCACAUUUAACCUGGAAAAUUUCACCUCCAGACAAAGCAAAACGAAUUUAAUUGAACAAACCAUCUUUGCACCCAGCACUUCCUAUGUUCCAGCUUCACCAGACAUCUCUUCCGCACCUAUCGAAGAUGACGAUGAAUUGCGCAACGAGAUAGAACAAACUAUUAAUCGCGUUGUCAAAGCAAAAUCAGCAGUUUACGUUAAGCCAGAAGACGUAGCUGCACAGCUUUUGGAACGUAAACGCGAACAGGUGGAAGAUGCUAAACGCACAGGUACCAGUUCUGGCUCCGCGACUGGUGUCGUAUUUGAUUCAACUGCGGAAUUUUACAAAUCUAUUGGUAGUGGGAUUCAAGAAACAAUGCGGCAGCACGCACGAUUGAAUCAAAUAAAACCAGAAGACUAUUCAGAUGAUGAAAAGCCGGGGCCCUUACUUGAAGUUGACUGGAAGGCCGCAAAAAGAGAAGGCGACGGGGCAUCAACGGAUGGCGGUGACAUUUCAGAUGAUGAGUCAAAACCCACGAACCACUGGCAUUCCGUCAUCGACGACCAAUACGGCCCACGUCCGUUUCCCCACCGAAAGCGCGAUGCCUCAAUUGGCGAACCACCGGCGAAUGCGCAUGAAGAAGUUCACCUCACGGGUGUAUUGGACGAUGAACCUUGUUUGGACUCUGGAAUAUUCUCGGCUCUAAAGCUGGCAGAGAAGAAGGGUUACAUAGAAAAAGGAAAGGAAAAGAGAACCGGCGCAGGCACCAUGGUAAAUUUAAUGGCGAAACAUUUCGUACAAGAAGACAUUCGGUAUGAUGAUAUUGACGCCAAAUUCGCCAAGCGCGACCGUUACUCCGGGCCAUUAAGCGAAUUCAAAGAAAUGAAAAACUUCAAACCUGAUGUGAAGCUUGAGUACGUAGAUGAACUGGGUCGUCAGCUAAAUGCAAAGGAAGCUUUCAGACAGCUGAGCCACAAAUUCCAUGGGAAAGGUUCCGGAAAAAAUAAGACGGAGAAGCGGAUGAAAAAGAUCAAGGAGGAGUUUCUCCUCAAAGCAAGCGCCAGUUCUGACACUCCACUGGGAACGGCUGAAAAGCUAAACAAGAAGUUGCAGUCAAUUUCACAGCCAUACGUCAUUCUGAGUGGGAAGAACGCAGCUGUAAAAAACCUGACGAAGUGACAGGUGCCACCUUCUUUUGAUUGCUUGUUUCUUCUAUCUUCGCUGGAUGCUGUCCUCUCUGUACAUAUGUCUCAAAUAAAUCCGCUAUAUUUCAA